AAAAAAAAACAAAAAAAAAAGGAAGAGGGAAAGACAGAGAUGAACCCUCGAAAAUCAGACAAGUUGGGGGGAUUUUUGGGGUUUGGUAGGUAAAGAGGUUGGAGGGCUUUUCCUGCUUCGUCUCCUUCUCCUUCUUCUUCACACCUCUCUCUCUCUCUCUCUCUCUCUUACCUUAUUCAAUCCUAAAAGAAAAACAAUUUAAUAUUUAAUUCUGUUUUUCUGUUGGUAUUUUCGUUUUUCUUUAAUUCGAUUUUUUUCCGCCGGAAGAAACAGCUGGUAGAGGACCAGAGAGGAGAUUGGAGUGGGGAAGAGAUAUGCCGUUGGGGUGGUGGUGGUGCAUCAUCAUCGGAACGGUGUCGUCUUGCGAUGGUCGUCUUCGUCGUUGAUGGGCCUGCAAUUCCAAUUGCAGAUGAGUUGGCAGCCGAGUCUACUGAGUCAGAAGCGCAAGAAUGGCCUGCCGCCUCUAGGGUUACGCAACCUCGGCAACUCUUGCUACCUCAACAGCGUCCUCCAGUGCCUCACCUACACCCCUCCUCUCGCCAAUUUCUGCCUCCGCAAACUCCACACCUCUCUCUGUGACUCUUCGGAUGCGGAGCGGAAGCGCGACUGUCCCUUUUGCAUUCUGGAGAAGCGGAUAGUGCGCUCGCUGAGUCUGGAUCUCAGUCUGGAUGCGCCGCAGAAGAUACAGAGCUGUCUUGGGAUUUUUGCCGAACACUUUCGGGGCGGUCGACAGGAGGACGCUCAUGAGUUCCUGCGCUACGUCAUUGAUGCUUGCCACAACACCUGCCUUCGGCUCAUGAAGCUGCGGCGCAAUGCCACUGCCAGCGGAAAGGCUGCCAACGGCAAUGUCGCCAACCGCAUAGGCAAUGGAGAGGCGGCAACAUCGACGGUGGUGAAGGAGAUAUUUGGUGGAGCAUUGCAGAGCCAGGUGAAAUGUCUAUCCUGUGGCACAGAAUCCAAUAAGGUUGAUGAGAUAAUGGAUAUUAGUCUUGAUGUUUUGCAUAGUAAUUCGCUUAAAGACGCAUUGCAAAGGUUCUUUCAGCCUGAGAUUUUGGAUGGCCAGAACAAGUACAAAUGCGAAAGUUGUAACAAAUUGGUCGCAGCACGGAAGCAAAUGUCUUUUCUUCAAGCACCCAAUGUUCUCGUUAUCCAACUUAAGAGAUUUGAGGGUAUACUUGGCGGGAAGAUUGAUAAAUCCAUUUCGUUUGAGGAGGUUUUGGUGCUUUCGGGCUUCAUGUGCAAAACAAGCAAGGAUCCGCGGCCAGAGUAUAAGCUUUUUGGUACUAUUGUGCAUUCAGGCUUCUCACCAGAAUCUGGUCAUUAUUAUGCAUAUAUUAAGGAUGCCAUAGGUCGGUGGUAUUGCUGCAACGAUUCAUUUGUCUCAAUUUCAACCUUGCAAAAGGUCUUAUCUGAAAAGGCUUACAUCCUUUUCUUCUCUCGUACCAACCAAAGACCAGCAUUGGCUAGCAUUGCUUCCAAUGGGGUGAGCUCUCAUGUUUGUAAUGGUCGUGAAACGUCUAAAAUCCCGAAGUCCGCUCUUCCACCAAAAGGAAUGCAAACGAAACCUUAUGAGCAGUCUUCUUGGAAGGAUGUCUCAGCCGUAUCUAAAGUUGAUAAAGUGCCUUAUUGCCCACGGAUGAAGUUUGAUCUCAGUGGAAACUCUAGCUCCAAAAGAGCUCCCACAACUGAUAAUGGAAAAACUGUUUACAAGAAUCAAUCCUUAGGAUCAAACGGGGAAAGAUCUACUUCAACUGCUAAUGGCAAAACUGUUUGCAAGAAUCAAUCAUUAGGAUCAAACGGGGAAAGUUCUACUUCGACUGCUAAUGGCAAAAGUGUUAACAAGAGUCAAUUCUUAGGUUCAAAUGAGGAAAGAGUUCCGGCAACUGAUAAUGGAAAAAUUGCUUACAGAAAUGAAUCCUUUGGAUCAAAUGGGGAAGGAGCUCCUGCAAAUGAUAAUGGAAAAAUUGCUGACAAGAAUCAAUCCCUACGAUCAAAUGGUGAAAGGGCACCUGGAACUGAUAAUGGAAAAAUUAUUUACAAGAAUCAAUCCAUAGGAUUAAAUGUGGAUUCAAAGGAUCCUGUUAUAGUUGACGGUAAAAGUAGCAAAGCAUCUUUGUUAUCACGGGAAAAUGGUGGUGCUGGUUCCAUAAAAACUGAACCCUGUGAAGGUAUUGAUACAAGAGACAGGUUGGCAGCUGGGAAAGUGCCUAACAGUAGCCAAGCAUCUUUGUUAUCCCGAGAAAAUGGUGGAACUGGUUCAGUAAAAACUGAACCCUGUGAAGGUAUAGGUACAAGAGACAGGUUGACAGCUAGUAUAGUGCCUGAUCCGAGUGAAUUGGAAAAAAGUGGUCUUCAUGGCCGCUCUAAGGUCUCUAGGUCGAAAAGAAAAUCUCUGGAUUCGUGCAUUCUGUUUGCACCUGAUGCUCAAUCCCGGGCAGAGGUUGAAGGACUAAAGGAAAUUCUCGAGAAAGAGGCUUCUUCUGUUUUGCGAUCAUGUGGCUGGUUGGAUGAAGUUUACAGUUUUAUGCGUUCAAGGAAAAGAUUAUGUUCAGAGCAAGUUGAAACCACUCCAAACUACGAUGAAGUGAAGAAGAUGUUGAUCAUGGAUGCCAAAUCAAGUUUUCUUUCACAGAUACCCUCGUCUUUAAGAGGGGACUUAGUCAAGCGCAUUCAAUCAUUUAGCAAAAAAUAGCGACACUAAUUUGGUCCUUCAUUAACUCACAAGAUGGUAUGUUAAAGACUCGGGUGCGUGAUCGUAUGUAUACUAUUGUCAGUGUAGUGAUGAAGAUUUCUCCCGAGCAAGUAGAGGAUUGGCGAUGUAAACCGAAGUCCAAUUCAGCGAGUGCCAGUGUUAGCAGUUACGGUUUGCCAAUGGCGAUAUAGUUUUGUACCGUUGAAGAUGUCAAGUUGAGAUGAAAAUGCCGAUUCAAAUCUUACUGAAAAUUUUCUUCUUUUGAGGUUGUGUAAUUGGUUCUGGGCUGAGAACAAGUCGAUAAUUCUAUUCAUUAUGUUCGAUAUCCUUUUGGCAGUGUAAUUUCAUGGAUCAUCACAAAUUUUCUUGUUAGACAAAUGUGGACAAUUGAGUUCGACCUUCUAAAUGGUAAUCCUUUUUUUUUUCGUAGUUA